AUGGAUUAUAGUAACAGUAAUAACAAUCCGUCACCACUUUUUUAAAGUUGUGCAAACAAAAACUUAAUUGGUAAAAAAAAGGGAUUAUCAUUUGCUGAUUUGACAAAAAAAAUAAACUAAAAUUUAAAGGUUCCCAUUUAGCAGAUUAAAAUUAUGGCUACAAAAAUGUCAUAAGUAUCUAAAGUGAUGAAGACAUCUAAGGGUAGAGAUAAAAUAUGUUAAAUAAUAUAGUAUUCCUCUGAUUUAACUCAUGCAUGCUAUUAACACAGUAAUAUAGAAAAUAUUCAAAAGCAAUACUUAGAAGGUUUGUUAAAAGGACCAAAAGUAGCAAAUAAUGUUAAGCAUUCCAUCAAAAAUGGUAGAAAAAUAUUUAAGCUCUUCAAUUUUCUACUAGAAUUCAAAAGAAUAUAAAUGGUAAUUGAAAAAAGAAAACCCAUCCUCUAUAAAAUAGCAUUGAUUCUUUGCAGAAUAACUAAUUUCUUUUAUUAUUUGUUCGAUAAUAUUUUAUGGGCAACUAAAAUAGGAAAAUUUAGUAAUUUGCUUACACAUAGCCCAAAAACUAUUAAAUUGCUCAAAGACUUAUUCUGUUUCGCUAAGAUUAUUAUAAAAAUAAUUAUUUCUGUUUAUAAGUGUCAAAAGCGUAAAUAGAAAAUUAGAACUAUACUUCAAAAGACAGCUGGAAAAAGCACUGUAAUUAUAGAACCAAAUGAAAAAUAUUUUUACAUGAGUAAAUAUCUACUCACUCAACGAAUUAAGUUUAGGGAAGACAGAUUUAAAAUUUUAGUUAAAAUUUUAUAAUUUUUAAUGCUUUGUAAAAGACUUAGAAUUUAUUUGGUGAGCGACCAUUUUGGAGAUAUAGCCUAUGCUUCUUUUGGACUGUUUGCAACAAUUAUAAAUACUCUUAAAAAUAUCUCAGAAAAACAAAAAUUAGUAAAAAUUUAGCAAUCUCAAGAUAACAACAACAAUAUUUAAAAAGUUAAAAAUAAGAUAUUUGCUUGA